AUGCUGGAGGUAAAUAAACCAGUCACGGAGAAGCGUAUUCGUGAGAGGUUAGAGAUCUCAGGAGAACUUGGAAAGAUGCGGGCGAUGAUUGUAGAUGCCGCUCUCCGGGCGAUCUCAAAGGAUGAAAAGGCGGCUGUGGAUUUGUUUGUGCCAAGUCCUUUGCUUAAAGAGGCAAAGGAGUCUACACAGGGACGGCAGGCUCUUUCCAUUGUGGCUGACUACCUCGAGUACCUUGGCUUGACAUAUACUGUAAAUGUCCUGAAACAAGAAGCCGGGCUCUCGGCGAGUGCCCUGGAGGAUAAAGGAGAUCUCAUUCGUGAACUGGAUUUGCGUGAUGCCAGGGGCCCUGUUCUGACGACGCUUAUGAAGCAGAAAGCAGGUGAGAAUGAUGUUACCGCAAAACAAGAAGAUGAAACCACCAAAUCCGUUUCCGUUGCAUCUCCUCCGGCAGUUUCUGUCGCUCAGGCUGCUCCAAUGAAAGCAGAAACUGGCGAAGACACCACAUACUAUCUGUCAAAGUGGACGAGUCGCGUGUUUUAUCGUUGCGGAGGACAAGUUAGUGGCCAGCAAAUACAGCUGGAAUACCUUAAAGAUUGCACCGUGUACGUCCUGGACCCUCUUGACAGCAUCACUGUGGAUGAUUGCGAGGGCGGUGAGCUCAUUAUCGCUGCCUGUGAAGGUAGCGUGUUUCUGCGUAACUGCAAAAAUAUGACGGUGCAUGUGGCGUGCAAACAACUUCGUACCCGUGAUUGUGACCAUAUCACAUUUCACAUUUUUGCAUCAACUGAUCCCGUCAUAGAGUCGAGUCACCAUAUGACUUUUAAACCUUUCCAUCUCCGGUUGCCCGGCCUAAAGAGCAGUUUUAAGGCGGCGCGCCUGGAUCCUAAAGCAAAUCGUUUUGUUCAUGUGUAUGAUUUUACUGAGGAUGAUCCAAAGAUAGCGAAACCGCAUUAUGAUGUUAUCUUUCCGAACCACGGACUCCGCAUGACUGAGCGCUGCCAAGAGAAAGGAAUUCCCGAAUGCCCACCUGAGAUUGAGGAUCUUCUUGAAGGCAGGUUGGCCCCGGCAUCAAGCUCAGAAUCGGGCCAGAACAAGAGUUAUAACAUCAAGACAGGAGCUCAUAAGUGGACAGAGGAGUCUACAGAAACAAAUGAUGGAGAUGAAGAUGAAGAUGACGACGCUGCAUCUGCAAAUGCAGAUUCCUUACCAGUGCCAUCGUCACAGGUGUCCGCGGGCACACGUCCUCCUCUGUCGGCGCCAGUGGCAAACACCAGUGGAUUUUCUGUUUCAACUCGGAUGACUCCUGCAGCAUCAUCCGUAGGGGCGGCUGCAGCCGCACCAGUGGCAGUACCAGCAGCGGUUUCCGGGACAGCAGCAGUAGCAGCAGCAAUGAGAAGGGAAGCAUCGGAAGGUUCAUAUUCCUCAUUUGACGACGAUGAUGACAAUGACGAUCAAGAUGACGAACUUGAGGUCAAUGAAGACAGUGACGAUUUUUAG